GUAGGUACUUAAACCUUAGGCGCAGUACUUAACCCACUAUCCGAAACAGUAAAAAAAAGCGCCGGAAAUAUAUCAAAGGUACCCUACAAUACGAUUGUGCUUUACAUGUACAUGGCGUCUCCUUGAAACUCUUUCUAAAAGAAGGAAGCGCCUGACCAUCCUAAUGCAAGCCGUCCCUGCUAGUCCGCCUUUUGAUCGUACAUAGGUACAUAUUUGACCCACCACCUUCUUUUUCGCACACCUUCACCUGUUCUUGAGUCUCGACUUCUUAUUACUGGACUUUUUUCCAUCAACACCAUCAAGUCUUUUGUCGUUUCUAAAUCCUGCGACAUCGCAAUUCAUUACCUUUCAUCGUCAGCCGCCGAGAAGCAAAGGAAGCAUCUCAGCACAUUGAACCAGACAACCUCAAUUUACAUUUCUAUCAAUCAAACUAGUCCAGAUGGCUAGCCACGGCUACUAUAAUCAGGACCCUAACCAGGGCUAUGGUGGUGGUUACCCUCAACAGCCUCCCCAGGCGUAUGGACCUCCUCAAGGACCCCCUCAGGGCCAGUACUAUGGUCCUCCCCAGGGCCAGCCUCAGAUGCAGUACCAGCAGCAACCCCCGCCACAGGAGAGGAAGCAGAGCGGCGGUGGUGGCUGUUUCAAGGGCUGUUUGGCGGCAUUGUGCUGUUGUUUCGUCUGCGAAGAGGGAUGCGAGUGCUGUGCCGACUGCUGCGAAUGCUGCUUCGAGAUGUGUUAAGAUGUUUACAUCCCACCCGAUACGAUAAUGAUGCCUUAAGAAAACGGGGAUGACAUAUCGGCGGUUAUUUGAUGAAGGCAGUUUUGUAAGAGGGUCGAAUAAUAUUACCUACCAAGGUAUGGAGGGUGCUACCUCGGCGGUAUCGACACUUACGAGGAACAACAAAAUUCGAUAGGAUGAAUUGGCUUUUGCAAUGGUAGUGUGAGCACCAUUAUGGCGUCUCUACUACCAAGACAUUGAUUUUUUUUUCACUUCAGGGGUAAAAUGGGCUUUCGACAUUAGUUCGUGAUGAUACUGAACAAUACUUGCUGGUUUUAUGUUGCAAAGACAUAGCAUAGGCUGCUUGCUCGUCUUUACCAAUACACAGUUUUCUUCUGUCACAAAUACGUUGUUCAUGCUGUGCAUAUGUUUAGUAUGGUAGAUUGCUUGUCGGUGCCUCGUAGCAGUUGGUCAAUCCGGUAG